CGGGCUCUGUCUUGAUGUGCUUGACCGUUCCGGAUCUGCCUAAGAAACGAUGUCUGCAGCAGGCUCUGUGUGGAACAAAAACAGGUACGACGCGAGAGAGAAGGAGUAGAUCAUGACAGUGGCAGGGAUGACUGACUGACGGCUUGGCUUGUGUGGUUCCUUUGUGCGAUCGAUGUAGUUGGCAUUGGGAGGAGAAGAACUACGGCAAGUGGGCAGAGGAGCACAUCGGCAGCCUGCUCACAUCAUUCACUCUCGACGGACCGCAUGGCACCAUUCGGCUUCACAACCCAACCGUCAACGGCGAGGUAAGUGCAGUACGCCCCUGACAGACACACAGACACACAGACAGACAGACAGACAGACAGACAGACAGACAAUGAAUGAAUGGAGAUGCACAAAGCGUGAAGCUGGUCUCUGCUGGCGUACUGGAUGUGUUUGUGUGUGAAUGCGUGUAGGCGUCAGUGUCAGUUCGUAAGGGCAAGCGGAUCGCCGCUUACGAGUACAAGCUGGACUGUCAGUGGAGCGGUGAGGCACCCUCGGGCGAGGCCGUCAACGGCACACUCGCCGUACCCGACUUCUCCGUCGAAUCUGUGCAGGUACACUGACAGACAGACAGACAGACAGACAAGCAUCGCUGUCUUCGCUGCUUUACACACACUUAUGUGUGUGUGUGUGUGUGGGUGGAUGUGUGUGUGUGUGGAUGUGUGGACGUUGUCAGGAUGAUGACUACGAGGUUCGGGUGAACGUGCAGACGUCCUCUGAUGCGGCGACCGCCCUCAAGGUCAGACAGACAGACCGACCACACCACGUAGCAGUGUGUCUGGGAUAAAGAGUGACUGCCGGUCGGCUGUGGGGCUGCAUGGCCUGCGUGUGUGUGUGUGUGUCUAAUAAAUACAAAUACAUGCAGGAGUAUCUGAGGAAGGAUGGUGCCAAGAAGCUGCGGGCCCAUCUGCGGCAGUUCCACGACGCCAUCAACACUGCCGAAUCAGAACCUGGUGAGUGAGUGACUCUCCCCCCUACCUAAACACACAACACAACACAACUCGGCUUGGCUUGGAUGUAUUCAUUGAUCUGCUCUCCAUCUGUGGAUGGAUGGAUGGAUGUCGCAUCAAUCAUGUGCAGAUCGUCUUGAGGCCGACAAGAAGCGUCGCGAGGAGGAGCUGGCGAGGAUGCAGGCUGCGCAGCAGACCACUGGCGAGGCCAAGCUCAAGAUGCUCGAACAGACCAAGGCAGAGGAGGCCAGGAAACGAGAGGCCAAAGCCCAACAACCACCAGCGCAAGCACCGGCACAGGCACCGGCAGCAGAGGCGCCACAGCGGAUUGUAAGCUAGUGGGGUGUGUGUGAAGGCAGCAGGGAGGGGAUGAGCCAAUGCGCGUGUUGUGCGUUGUGGUGUUGUCUUGUGUGUGCAGGAGGCUCAGCCGGAGGGUAAGGGUUCGGUGUGGAACGUCAACAGCUGGCAGUGGGAGGAGCGGCCCAUGACUCAAUGGGCGGAGAAGCACCUCACGCACAAGCUGCAAGACACACAGGUGAGGACGCCACACCGAGCCACCCAGCGAAUGACACACACACACACACACGCACACGCACUGUCUGCCUGCCCAUCUGUGUCUGUCGAUUAGCUGACCCUUCUCGACGGCUCAACCAGCGUGUCCUUGCUCGACCCCAAAAUCAAAGGAGACGUAAGCACCGCGCACCCACCCUGCAGACACGUGCUGUGUGCUGUAUGCUGUGUGUGUGGCACAUUAAUGUGUGCAGGCGUCGAGCAGCAUCCGCAAGGGCAAGAAGCUUCUGGUGUUCGACCUCAGCCUCACCGUGGCCUGGUCGGCCACACGGAGGGAACCCAAUGGCGACUUCAUGGCUGACGCUAAAGGUAAUAGCGCCCCUCUGACCGCACGACACCUCAGCCACCCCAUGCUUCGUCUGCUGUGCCCAGGUCGCAUAGAGGUGCCAGACUUCUCAUCUGAGAGUCUGGGUGACAUCCAGGUCAAGGUGACGUGUGACCAGAAAGAGGCGCCGCGGGAGAUCAUCAACCAGGCCAUGAGAAAGGAAGGCGUCGACCAGCUCAAAACCAUCCUGCUCAGGUAUGAUGUGUGUGCCUGUGGGGUGGGUGGAGAAAGGUGUGUGAUGGGUGGAUGUGUUGUUUUGUCGGUCGGUUGCAGCUUCGUCGACGAGAUGCGGCAGGCGUGAGGGUGGUUGGUGCGUGUUGACCUGGUCGAGUGCAUUCUUGUACACCUGCCCGAUGGUUGUGUAUGGCUGUUUAUUAUGCAAGUGGGUGGGACGGCCGAUGACUGCGUGGCUUGUGUGGAUCCAUCCAUCUGUGUGGGUGCGUGUGUGGGCUGGGGGGGGAGGGCUUCUUGUGGACUGACUGGGAGGAAGACCACUGGUCUAUCUAUCUGCGUGAAAGCAGCAUUUGUCAGCUGCAC